CUAGACAAAGCAUAGGGGGAGGAGAGACUGAGACUCAUAUAAAUCAUUAUACAUAACUAUUGAACUAAACACACCUCGCUAGUGGUACAACACACACUCGGAGGAUCCGAUGAUCUGACCUUAACAGGAAAGAUAUAUCACCACCAGUUAGACCAUCUAAUAGACCUGGAUCUACUUUUUUGGGACAUCGAGGGGUCAUGGAUCCGAUCGUGGAAGUAGUGGCUCUGAUUUUAGGCUUCGUCGGGUGGGUGAUGGUGGGAGUCGCUCUCCCCAACCGUUACUGGAAGGUCUCCACCGUGGACGGGAAUGUCAUCACCACCUCCACCAUCUACGAGAACCUGUGGAUGUCCUGCGCCACGGAUUCCACCGGGGUGCACAACUGCAGGGAGUUCCCGUCGCUGCUGGCUCUAAAUGGUUACAUCCAAGCUUCUCGCGCUUUGAUGAUCGUGUCCAUAGUAAUGGGCACCUUCGGUCUGGUGGGGGCCCUCAUAGGAAUCCAGUGCUCCAAAGCAGGAGGGGAGAACUAUCUCCUCAAAGGGAGGAUUGCAGGCGCUGCCGGAGUCUUCUUUAUACUUCAAGGUUUGUGCACCAUGGUGUCGGUGUCCUGGUAUGCCUUCAACAUCACGCAGGAUUUCUUUGACCCUUUCUAUCCGGGGAUAAGGUAUGAAAUCGGGGAAGGACUUUACAUCGGCUGGUGCUCCGGAGUGCUCGCCAUCGCCGGGGGAGUCUGCCUCACGUGUUCCUGCAAAGUGGCGAGAGAGGAAAAAUACAAUUUGCCGUAUCAAGCCAGAGGAACGGUUUACUCCGGAGCAGCACCGACCAGAAGUGUAGUCGCCAGCACUUAUGGACGAAACGCUUACGUCUAAACAACAGAGUGGGACAUUUUCAUCAUCCGUUUUUCUCUUGUUGUUCCUGAUGGAUGUUGUGGGUUCAAAUUGGAACUUUUGGUCCAUGACACAGCUGGAAAGUACCAAGCACAACUGCAGGCGUUUGACUUCAAUACGAGGAUGUCCUUUUGUAAACAUUGUACAAAGCCCCCUACUUUUACUGAAUAAAUGUUUUCAUUUUUUGUUAAUUAUUUGAUCAUCUGAGUUGAAAUGACCAGAAGUAUGAACAAGGUCAAAAUGAUUCAAAUGUUAGUUUUGUGUGUUUUUUGUACAGUUUUGUAAAGUUCUUUAAGCACAAUAAACGGGAGUUUUUUUGUGUUAAA